ACGCGUGCACACACACACACACACACACACACACACUCCAGCUGCCAUGAGCAGCGCCGCACUUCUCUCAGAGCAGCACUUUAAACAUACACACACACACACACACACACACACACAAAAUCGGAUUUCUCUCCUGUUCUCGUGCGCGUCUGAGUCUUGGGAUGUGUAAAAUAACGCUGAUGAAAGCUGCGCGCGUCGUGCGUAAAGAGCGCGAGCCCUGUCCGCGGUGCUGAAGUCCGGCACGAGGGCAAAGGGAGUGUGUGAGUGUGUGUGUGUGUGUGUGAGAGAGAGAGAGAGAGAGAGAGUGCGUGUGUGUGUGUGUGUGUGUGUGUGUGUACUAAAGCCUCGCCAUGACUCGGAAAAGGUUGCGGUGUGUAGCUGUGCGGGGAUUCCUGGCGUGGGAAGUGGCGCUUUUAGUGAGUUUGGUGGCCACAAAGGACCCUGAAAGUCCUCGGGGGAGAGCCGUACCCAUGUCUCCGUCAGACUUUCUGGACAAGCUCAUGGGAAGGACCUCGGGCUACGACGCCAGAAUUAGACCCAACUUCAAAGGUCCACCUGUGAACGUGUCCUGUAACAUAUUCAUCAACAGUUUCGGCUCCAUCGCUGAGACGACGAUGGAUUACAGAGUGAACAUCUUCCUGCGGCAGCAGUGGAACGAUCCACGCCUGGCCUACAGCGAGUACCCGGAUGACUCUCUUGACCUCGACCCCUCCAUGUUAGACUCCAUCUGGAAGCCGGAUCUGUUCUUCGCCAACGAAAAAGGUGCGCACUUUCAUGAAGUCACCACCGACAACAAGCUGCUGAGGAUAUUCAAGAACGGCAAUGUCCUUUAUUCCAUAAGACUGACCCUGACGCUUUCAUGUCCGAUGGAUCUGAAGAAUUUCCCCAUGGAUGUACAGACAUGCAUCAUGCAGCUGGAGAGCUUCGGCUACACGAUGAACGACCUGAUCUUUGAGUGGCAGGAGAACGGACCCGUGCAGGUGGCUGAAGGACUCACGCUUCCUCAGUUCAUCCUGAAGGACGAGUCUGAUCUCAGAUACUGCACCAAGCAUUACAAUACAGGAAAGUUCACAUGCAUCGAGGUGCGUUUUCACCUGGAGAGGCAGAUGGGUUAUUACCUGAUCCAGAUGUACAUCCCAAGUCUGCUCAUCGUCAUCCUCUCCUGGGUGUCCUUCUGGAUCAACAUGGAUGCCGCUCCUGCUCGCGUAGCUCUGGGCAUCACUACAGUGCUCACCAUGACCACACAGAGCUCCGGCUCCAGAACCUCUCUGCCUAAGGUCUCCUAUGUGAAGGCCAUAGAUAUCUGGAUGGCCGUGUGUUUGCUCUUCGUGUUCUCGGCUCUGCUGGAGUACGCAGCGGUGAACUUCGUGUCAAGGCAGCACAAGGAGCUGCUGCGGUUCCAUCGGAGGAGAAAGAAGUUGAGAAAGGAGGAGGAGGUGCGUGAAGGCCGUCACAGCUAUACCCCUAACGCGGGGAAAGACAUCCCGGUGGCCAAAUCCACCAAUAACACGGCCUCUAACUCGCUCCAGGCCCAGACGAGCGCUAACGUCACUAACAAGAGUGCAGAGGAGAUGAGGAAGCUCUUCAUCGACCGCGCCAAGAAGAUCGACACCAUAUCACGCGCAGGCUUUCCUCUGGCCUUCCUCUUCUUCAACAUCUUCUACUGGAUUCUGUACAAAAUCCUACGCCACGACGUCCACAAUCCCUAAACACAGAGCGCGAACAGGUGGGCGGAGCUUCAGCCUGACGGACAGCUACAUACGUGAUUAUAUAUUAUAUAUACAUACAUGAUAUGUACUCUACUGUCGUCAUGGAGACCAGGACGUGACAUGGACCACAUGGUCACGACACGCACUCGCUAUGCAACUGAGAGACAUCAUGGAGCAACACAACACAAAACACACCCUCACACACACUCACACACACUCACACUCAGUCCCCCGAGCCUCCCUGGAUCUCACUCUUCGCUCUGGUUGUCUCUCUCGUGUCCUACAGCCUUGUACUGCCAGCGUUGUGUUUUAAUACAAUCCCAUUCCAAACUAAAUCCUACAAGUUAGAUAAAAGAUAAAGGAAAUACAUCAAUGUUCUUUUCUAUGACUAGAAAAUCAUUUUAUACUCCGAGAAACCGGAUCAUCCCUUAAACGAAGGCUUAAAGGAAUUUUUUGGGGAUGAAUAAAUGUAUCCAAGUCUGAUUGAUGAGUAGGAAAAUGUGUAGCUUAUAUGCCGAAAGGUGCAUGUCUUUAGUUUCGGGUUGCAAAAGUAGCCGGCGGUUUGAAAAAGUUGUUUUCUUUUUCUUAAACAUAUAGUGGGAGUCGUAAAAAUUCAGAGUAAAACACAAAGUUUGCAGAGCAACAGUGACGUUUCAGUGAUCUGCUAAUUGAAUACGAUACGGUCGGCCAUUUUGAAUCUCUAAUGAUGAACGCCUAACCUUCCCGUGUUCUCUCGGAAUGGCGUGUACUACACUGAACUUUUACUCUAUACUCUCUUUAUUACUAUAUAGUACUGUACAGAAGUCUUAGGCACGAGGAAUGACAUGCUAGGAAGCAGCGAUGCCUUUACAAAUAAUGAAACUAAACAUUAAAAAUAUCUACUAUAAAGGGCAGUAAUCAGUCACGUAUACAAAGUCCAUAUUUUGAUUCCUGGCGUAUAUUACUUUCCUAUAACCUUUCAUUUUUGUUGUAAUGCUUGGAAAUGUAAAAUGUUUUGUUACUGCAGGAAACAAACAAGACCAAAAUUUGUUUACAUUUCUUUUUUGGGUGCCUAAGACUUGCACAGUACUGUAUAUAUGUGUGUGUGUGCGUGUGUGUGUGUGUGUGUGUGUUAAAUUCAUUUCCCUUUCAGUUGCAUGCACUUGACAUAGUGUGAACUUCAUGUGAAAUUGUGUAUAAUAAUAAUAAUAAUAAUAAUAAUAAUAAUAAUGAU